AUGGCUUCGAUACGUGAUGAUGGCACGUCCAGCUACAGAACUCCAAAGGCCAUCCCAUUCGAACUGCGCCAGCACUGCGCCAUCUACUUUGAAGAAAAACUAUAUUCGCAAGCUUUAGAUCUCCUGCUGAAUAUUCUUAAUUAUGGCACUACAGCUUAUGCUCCAGCCUACGUUCCAGCCCCGCAGUAUUUGGCCCUUGCCGCAACAAUCAUCGUCCAUCCCUCGACAACGACUCGAGCCAAGUCAAAGGAAGAACAGGAAGCUGCCAACUUGGCCCUCCAGCUUCUUCGCUUGACGCUUCAGCUGGCUAGUCCCAUCUCGUCUGGGUUUAAUGUUGCCUUUACCUUUACACAUUUUGACUCCUCGAGACACGGCGGUCGGCGGCAUGGGGACGAGUCUACUACAUACGGCUCGAUACCAGACCACCACGACGAAACCUCUCUCAACCUCGACCUUGGCAAGUCAGAGUCUCUAUGGUCGCGGGCUGAAGAUUUUUGGCAGGUAGUCGGCUGGGCAUUCAAUUGCUCAGUGCUACAUCCAAAACGAUGGGAACGAUGGCAGCUAUGGCUUGAAUUCAUGUGUCUAGCCAUAGAGACUGAUUGGGAGGAACGCGAAAAAAUGGACAAAGCAGAGGGAACAACUGUCUUACGGGAUAGUUUGUUAAUGAAAUACGUCACUUCGACCAGUGGAGGCUUUGGACGAAACCGUCGCUUGCUACGAGCCAUUUUUGCUGACGGUAGCGGGACUUCGCUGUCUGAGUUCCGUCAAGUCUUUAAAAAUGAGUUGAAGGAGCUCCCAAAGGAGACUGACCCGGUGAAUCACAAAAAGAGAGCCGAGGUCAAUAUCGACGAAGACGAGUAUGGUGACUACUUAUCUCCCGACGAGGACAAUUCCGAGGGCCAAGAAGGAACCACGAAAAGUCGCUCAAAACGCCCUCGUCGAGGUACCAAGCCCACAAAGGCCCCAGAAGAAGUCGAAGGGUCCAAUGGGGUGGUUCACGAAAUCUAUUCAAACGGGGGUGUUGCAGCUUUCGGCGGGUUUCAAUCCCUUGCACUCCGCCAGCGCUUGUUGACCUUGCUGAUUAGAGCAUCAACAAGCAUGCCCAAAACAUUCAUGGCGGUUGAUGACCUUUACCAUUUAUUCGUGGAAAACAUUCGACACCUCCCUCUUCCCAUUUUCCAGGCUUUUGUGGCACCCACUGCACUUCCAUGGUUCUCACCAGACGCACACUCCACACUCUGCGAGCUUUUACUAUGGCGUAUACGCGAGAGUUCUGGGCCUCUGUCUAACGAGUCAUUUCUAAACCAAGAAAAGCUUGAGGUAUGUUUCCUGCCGUAUGCUGCCAAAAACUCCAGCGCGGUGGACAAUGCGAGAAUGUCAAUCCUCCUCGAAUCUUUGAUCAUCCUUUUGGACAAGCAUGGCAUCCUUCACAAUACUCAGUCGUUCAAAGAAGCUGUGGGGAUAGGUAACGAGAACCGCAUAGAAAAAGCGGAGGCUGAAAUCCGUCGCAAUAAGAAUAGUCGCAAGCUGGAGGAUAUGGAAUGGGCUUGGCUCAUCGAGAGUGCCGAUCGACUGCUUUACCUUGUUAAUGACAUACUCCCUAUGGAAGAGGAGGAGGAUUAG